AUGUGCCCUUAUGGCGAAUUUACCGUGGCGUCGUCACACCUGCUGUUUGCCCUGUUUCCCUUCCCUUCAGUGGCUGAUCCUGCUAUGGUCUCCUGUCCGGAUCUGCCUCAUGGGCCCGGGGAUCAGUUUAUAAUCUUUCUGGUUGACCGAUUUCAUGAGGCAGAUCCGGACAGGAGACUAGAGCAAGAUCAGCCACUCGUGUGGUUGCUGAGACUGACAAGACUCACUGAUGAUGCCGGCGAAACGUUUGUAAAUGUGCCAAGUCCACAGUUCGAUCCUGGAGAUUAUCAUGCACACCAUCGGCUCCGGGCAAGUUCAUUUUUAAAGUUCGGCGGCUUGGAGGAGGCGAGUUCAAGCGGCUUAUGGUGCCAACGAAUAGACUCUGCUGCCGGAAUAUGGACGACACUUUUUCCGCGUUUUCAGAAUAACCUCAAAAUGAGGAGGUCCGGCCGACCACGUGGUUCUAUCCGGCCAGACAGUUUCGGAUGA